CAAAUGUCCUAGUCAGAGCUCCCCUAUACCAUAUGCUUGUAAACCUCUGGAAAAGCCAAUACUAAGUACAAAACACUUUCCUUUUCUUUGAGUAUACCCCCAAAUCCACCCAAGAACAAGAGGAAAAAAUCCCAAAAUAAGAGCUGAUUCGGAGUGAAUUUUUGUUGUAUUCCUAGCUCUAAGCACUGAUUAAAGGAUACUUCCACCCUCUAUUUGUUCUUUUGUUAAUAAAAUUAUGGAUGAGAGUGUUCAAAUCCUCCUAGUAAUCUUUCCGGCUCAAGGACACAUCAACCCCUCGCUCCAAUUCGCCAAGCGCCUCGUGAAAAUGGGCGUCCGCGUCACUCUCUUAACGGCCUUUUCCGCCGUCAACCACAUAACCAAAAGCGCUGACACUGCGCCACGAGGCGUAACCUUUCUCGGCUUCUCCGAUGGGUACGACGACGGCUUCAGAGCUGGCAUGGAUUUCGAUGUCUACAUGCCUGACCUAAGGAGACGUGGUUCGGAAGCAGUGGCAACAGCCAUCACUUCUAGUGCUGACAAUGGAAAGCCCAUUGGACAUGUGGUCUACACCACCCUUCUCCCUUGGGUAAGCCAGGUCACGCGUGACCUUCACGUGCCGUCCACUUUCCUUUGGAUUCAACCGGCCACCAUCUUGGAUAUUUUCUACUAUUCCUUCUAUGGUAAUGGAGAUUUACUCAAUGAGAGCAAAAUAUCUGACCCUUCAUGGUCAAUUGAAUUACCAGGAUUGCCACGGCUUACUGGCCGUGACCUUCCCUCUUUUCUACUAGCUCCAAAUGCGUUUAAAUUUGCACUGCCUUUGUUUAAAGAGCACAUAGAUACUCUAGAUGAAGAAACAAAUCCGAAAAUACUCGUAAAUUCUUUCGAUGCAUUGGAAUCGGAGGCUCUACAGGCUAUCAAGAAGUUAAAUUUUGUUGCUAUUGGACCACUAAUUCCGUCAGCUUUCUUGGACGGAAAGGAUCCAUCUGACAAUUCCUUUGGAGGAGAUCUCCUUCCAAAAUCAAAUGACUAUAUUGAAUGGUUGGAUUCAAAACCGAGAGGAUCUGUUAUUUACGUGGCAUUUGGAAGCAUGUCUGGUUUAGCGAAGCAGCAAACUGAGGAGGUCGCACGCGGUCUGCUUGAUUGCGGAAGGCCGUUUUUGUGGGUGAUGAGAGGAAAGGGGAAUGGUGAAAAAGAAGAAGUGGAUAAGGCGAGUUACGAAAAAGAAUUGGAGCAACAAGGGAUGAUAGUGUCGUGGUGUUCUCAAGUGGAGGUUUUGUCACACUCCUCUGUGGGUUGUUUUGUGAGUCAUUGCGGGUGGAAUUCUUCAUUGGAGAGCUUAGUUUUUGGAGUUCCGGUGGUGGCUUUUUCACAAUGGGCAGACCAAGUGACAAAUGCCAAGCUUAUUGAAGAUGUUUGGAAGACGGGGGUUCGAUUGACUAAAAAUGGAGAGGGAAUUGUUGAGGGUGGUGAGGUUAAGAGGUGCAUUGAAAUGGUGAUGGGAGGUGGGAGCAGAGGGGAGGAAAUGAGAAACAAUGCUAAGAAGUGGAAGGAUUUGGCAAGAAAAGCUACCGUGGAAGGUGGAUCGUCGGACAAAAAUUUCAGGGCUUUUGUUGAUGACGUUAGAGCUUGUUAAAGCUUGUUUUAGACUAUGAUCUUGAUAGGAAUUGUACUAUACAACUUCACUGCACUUAAAUGCAUCUCCACAAUCGUUAAGUACUAUUCCGAUUUGUAUUGAAUAUUCUUGUUUGGACUCGUUGGUUUCGAUUG